AUUUCAGCCGCUUUAGCCGUAUGUUUUCGAAGCGCACGGUAACAGCAAGUUGUCACGGCUUCGCCGCUCGCUUGUUACUAAGUGUACGAAAAAGCUUAAAAUUGCGUUGAUUACAUCGUCUUCUGUGAAGUGCUGUGCGGCGCUCCAGUUUCGCUGUGUUGUGAAACGUAAGAAACGCCUAGGAGAUACUCAUCGCCGAAGAAAUGGCUACGGCCAUGGAAAAGCACCUGUUCAACCUCAAGUUUGCAGCCAAGGAUCUUGAGAGGAAUGCGAAAAAGUGUGAAAAGGAAGAGAAGGUGGAGAAGACCAAGCUGAAAAAGGCGAUUCAAAAGAACAAUCUCGAAGGUGCACGGAUUCAUGCGGAAAACUCGAUCCGGCAGAAGAACCAGGCACUCAACUACCUCCGCAUGGCAUCGCGGAUCGAUGCCGUGGCGAGCCGUGUGCAGACGGCUGUCACCACGAAGAAGGUCACCUCGUCCAUGGCGGGUGUCGUCAAGUCAAUGGAUGCAGCAAUGAAGAGCAUGAACCUGGAAAAGAUCUCUGGCCUGAUGGACAAGUUUGAGAAGCAGUUUGAGGACCUGGACGUGCAGGCAUCCUGCAUGGAGGACACCAUGAGCUCCACCACCACGGUCACUGCCCCACAGCACGAGGUCGAGGGCCUCAUGCAGCAAGUCGCAGACGAGGCUGGCCUGGAGUUGAACAUGGAGCUGCCUCAAGGUGUCAACAGCACCAUCGGCCAAUCAACAGCAGCCUCUACAGAACAGGACGAGCUCACGCAACGCCUUGCCAAACUGAGGCAGCUGUGAUCGGCAUCUCUGUGCUCUACAACAUUUGCACACACACCACCCGAAGUUCCUGCUGCAAAGACAGUCCCAUUUAUCGGGUGCACCGCUUCUCCUUUUAUUUUCUUUACACAUAUCUUUUUUUUUUCUCGUUCUUUUGCAUCGAGAGCAACACAAGCUUCAUCAUCUAGAGGGCAGCAGUGCCGCCUCUGUUAUACUGCGCCCGGACAGAGCACUUCUGGAAACAUGGAACCUGGGAACCAUGCUGGAGUUGCCUUUCCUGUGUAGUGCAUUAAGAGCUUUUGUCUUUUUUUUUUGUGUACAUAGAAAAUUCUGACAGCAGCAACUAAGUGCACAGGAAUAUGUUUUGCCCAGCACGACCAUCCUUGAUGUUGAUGGCUUCCUAGUGCUGAGAUGAAAUAAAAUUAACAUGCGGAGGUGGCUUCCCCCAACCAACUGCGGCAUGUGCUUAGCUCAAGAGACAACUCGAAAUUGUUUUUGUUCAUGAAGGCUAUAAUGCUUACAGGCAACGUUUUCUCAACCGUGCCUGUUGGACAUGCUGUGUGGUUUUGCUAUUCAGUAACGAUUAGCACAAGAAAACACAGGGCAGAGAAGAGAAGCAUAUCAAUUGAGAAAGUAUGAUAAAUAAAUAAAGUGUAGUAUAAGGGCCAGUAAGCCGAUUUUUGUUGCCAUAUUUAUAGGUGCUUAGAUGUUUGUGGACAGCAGUUGGUGGGCAUCAUUUUUAUGCAAAUAAAAAGCUUUUGCAGGUUGUA